UAAAAUCAAACCUAAGAUUUGGCAUUUCCCAUUCGUUCGAUGUGUCAAUUGAAUAAUUUGAUUGACUUGGUAAUUUUCGUAUUAAAAAUGUUUCCGUCGGCACGAUAAAUUUCGCCAAAGUCUUUACUUGCAGUAUUCGCACUUUUUCUUUGUCUCUUUUUUUUCUGUUUUAUUUUGUUGUUGUACUUUUGUGUGCUCGUUUCCAUUUAUCGUCCAUAGCAUUACGUCGUAAUUAAUUAGUGUGAACUAACAAAAAUGAAAUUAAGUGUAGAAUUGGUACUGAUUUUUAUCGGCAUUGGCCUUGUCUAUGUCGUCGGAGCCGAUGAAUUAAAUGAUGAAGUGAAUCCGGGCGAUGAGGGCAAGGAGAUUUUUCGGAAUUUGGUGCGACCAUUCCGAAUGGAAAAAUUGAACUUGAUUUGGGUUAAAGCGCAACAGCGUCUCACCGAGCCAAAGCUACAGUCGUUGUACACACAAAUGAAAACACAGGAUAAAGAAGAAAUCCAAUACAAACAAAAUGUCCGGGCGAACGACAACGAAGGAACGGGCGCAGCCAAACUUCGGGAAAAAUUGAUUGGCAUCAUGAAAGCGUACAACUUGUUGGAUUACAGUGAUCACGAUAAAUACGAAAAACCGAGCAAAUAUGAUAAAUAUAGCAAGGACCGGGGUGAUCAAUAUGCCAACAAAAUCGGUACAUUCAAAGAUAAAAAAUUGAACAAAUUGUGGAACAAAGCCGAAAUGGCUGGCUUCACAGCCGACGAACUAAGCGAAUUAAAGACGGAAUUUUCGCAUUACGAUGAAAAAGUUGAAAUGUAUUAUAAAUUACUUGAUAACCUGGAUGAACAAAUCAAAAAACGUUAUGAAAACACUGUCAACCAAGAAGAGUUGGACUUUUUCAACGAAGUCGCGCCCGAUGACCAAGUCAAAGACGAACACAAAGAAUACAUGGAUAAUGCGAAUAAAUUGCGGGAGAAACAUCACGACCUUAAAGAUACUUAUGAAAAUUUGGAACGUAAAACGGCUCAAGGACGUGGCCGCCGUGAGUUCAUCGACCCCAAAGUUAUACAUUUAUGGAGUGUGGCCGUUGAAAGUAAUUUUACAGCUAGUGAACUGGCCGCACUAAAGGAAGAGCUCUUCCACUUUGAAUCGAGACUGUUAAAAUUAAGCCAUUUGUAUGCAGAACAUGCGAUUGGAAAUGAAAAAUAUAAGAACAAAAAAGACAAGAAAGCCACCGAAAAACAGGAUCAUAUGGAGAAAGAUAUCAAAAAGCAAGCCAGAAAAGUGGAAAAACUCCAAGAAAGCCUCGAGAAGCAAAUAUAUCGACACACUGAGCUAUGAUUCCGCACAAAUAGAUCUCUCAUCCCGAGCAACUGCAAUAUUUUUCUUGUUGUAAUUGAAUCUAAUGAAUAAAAAUUUUUUAAAUGAAAUUGCUACAUGUA